AUGUUGCGGUACUGCUUCCGCUUUCUGUACUACUUCCAUUCGAUCAUGGGACUAAACCCAUUUGGGAUCAACGACCGAUACACAGUACAGCGUAGUAAACUCAAACGGCGCUGGACGCUCACGAUCGGUUGUGCUAUAGCCAUUUUGGUGUGCUUCAGCUACGGGUCCAUUUUGUCGGGGGGUUCGGCUUCAUCCGGCACGUAUGUGGACUUGAUACUCAUCCGAUCGCUAGUGCUGGUUGAGUUUUUCAUCCGAUACUGCUCCGUCGUCGUGUGCUUCUAUCAGAUACUCACCAACGAAGCUAACCUGCACCGAUACAUCCAUCGAUUUAUCGCGAUCGUCCAGAGUGUGCGGUGCAGUCAAUCCUACGGCCUGAUCCCGCGCAUGGUGUACAUCCUGAUAGCUAAGAUACUGAUCGUUGAUAUCGGGCUGUGCACGCUGUUUGCGGUAAACUACGGCAUAAAUAACCCAAACGCGUACAUCAACGGAUAUCGCACGGUCAACAUCUAUGUGGUGAUGAUUGGCGCACAAAUCACGAACGUUGUUCUGCUAAUGCUGCUCUUCAGUUCCCACACUUAUGCGCAAAUAAACAAUCAGCUGGAUCGAACUGUGCGCCGGAUGCUUUGCUUCGAGACAGAGGGCUGCUACUGGGGCAGAAGAAGGGUGCUGCAGCAACAAAUUUGCUGCGACGCUAGCGACACAAUCGAUCGACACUGUGCGCUGCAUCAAGAGUUUACCGAGAUCAUACACAGGUUGAUCUCGAUUUUUCAAAUCCUUAUCGCACUGAUAAAUCUUAACCAAUUCGUCGUCAUCGUUUCUCGAAUCUACUUUAUCUACAUAACAAAAGCACAAAGCGACAGUGACUUCAUCUCCUACCAUCGAUUGUACAACUCGAUCCUGUACACCUGCUUUGAGGUUAUCCAAUGCAUUCUACUUGCAGUAGGAUCAUCGGUGGUCACCAAAGAGGCCCGUAUGCCAGGCAUCAUUCUGAACCUGUUCAUUGACGCUCCGCUAGACAUACGCGCCGAACGCAGCAUCGAGACGUUCAGCCUCGUCAUGUUGGGCACUGAUCUCAGAAUCAAAAUCGCUGGAUUGUACGUAUUGCGUUUAGUGUUCCUUUUUCUCGCCUUAGCUCGCCACAACGGUUUGCAUGUAUCUCAUCGUGUUGAUACAAUUUCAACUGAGCAGCUACUAGCCGUGGAAGUGCUACGAUACGUCAAGGUUGUGCUGGUUGAAGUAUUGGAGAACAGUAUUACUAUCACGCUAUCAGUGCAGUAUAAAAUGGUGCAAUUUUCGCUUAACUACGUGUUCGUGGUCGUACUCUACCUGCAGGUGUUGUUCGAUCCUUCGACACUGCUGCAAGUGCUAAACGAGCUGAUCGAAUGCGCACGAGCUGUACUGCGCUAUACGUACACCUCGGGGGAGUUCACAGUUGGACGCCGGCUGCUGUUCAAAGCGCUUGCCAUCGAUGUUUUGCAAUCGUUCUCGUGGUACGGUAUAUUUAUCUGGCUGCAGCGAAUGUUCGGUCUGAGCUAUAUGUUAGCCUUCGGGUUGAAUGCGAUGGCCGUUAUGCAAAUUGUAAGCGCGACGAACAUUCUUCUAGCGGUCUUGCUUUGGGGCGCUUUUCUCUAUCGUCUCAUCAACGAACGCGUCCAGAUCAUUAUCGAAAAUCUGGUGCAAAUGGGAGACCCAGCACAACUUCGCGAUACUGCCAAUCCCGAAAGACGAAUCGUCUUCAACCAUAUUUACCGUCAGCUAGGUAUUCUACGGGCCCAUCAUAAUGCGCUGACCAACUGUAUACAAAAUAUCGUUCAGUUUUACGAAGUUCCACUAGCGCUGGCAAUGUUGUAUCAAUUUUUUAUUAUUAUUUCUGAGCGCGCGGUUCAUCGGAUUCUUGCCGUUUCACUGUACUGGACAGUUUGA